GUGCUGAUCGAAUAAACAUGUAAAAUGGCGUCUGGUGGUCUCUGUGGGUUCGAAGCAGCGUCAGUUCUUACUCCGUUGACACAGUGUCAGAAUUUGCCAGACAAUACGAUAUUGGAAUGCAGAGUUUGCAGCGAAAUUUUCCGAUUCCAAGGCGACAAAGUUCCACGUCUUCUUGUGUGUGGACACACAGUAUGUCACCAGUGCCUAACAAGGCUUCAGCUUCAUGGCCGUACUCUGUUGUGCCCGUUUGACCGCCAGCCAACGGAGAUAGGAGACUCUGGCGUUUGGGGGUUGAAGAAGAACUUUGCACUGCUAGAGUUGCUUGAGAAACUGCAGAACCCACAACAAACGCCAUGCCGCAUCUUUUCAGACAGUGUCUUGGCCAGAGAACAGAGUCUGGCCAUUCUUUGUGAUGAAAAUGAACUACACAUUGCAGUACUUUAUUGCACAGUCUGUGACACACUGUGCAUCGAAUGCUCAGAGACAACACACUCUACACGCACUUUGGCACGUCACAAGAGAGUGCCUAUAUCAGAGAAGCCUCGAGAAAACCCAAAGUGUGUCUAUCAUCCCAUGCAUCUGGUGGAGUUUGCAUGCUUGGAAGAUGAGUGCAAAUGUUCCCCUCUCAUGUGCUAUAUAUGUAAAGAUUACGGUCGUCACAUGAAACACAAGCACUGUCUGUUGGAAACUGAGGCAGAAAAUGUACGAAGUUCUAUAUUGAAUGCAGUCCAGCAUGUCAAGUCAUUUGGAGAAGAAGUGUCCGAAUCAGCACGCCGACUUGCAGGUGUUAUUCAGCAGAUAGAAGGAGGCAUACAGGUGAUUCCUAACACAGAUGGAGUUCCUACUGCACAGCAGAUGGUUGGAACAGCAGAGCAAGCACGGCUGAAGAUCAAACAUUACUUCAGUGAGCUACGUGAGAAUUUAAACCGUCAAGAAAUUGCUGCACUGGCAGCUGUGGAUACACAUAUUCGUGAGAAACUGUGCAUGCUGCGACAGCAGCAGGAAGAUAUGGCCAUCCUGCUGUCACAAAUACAUGCCGUGUGUCAGCAAUGUGAAGCUACUCUGCAGCAGGAUGACACCAAGGUGCUGUUAGCUAAGGCUGAGGUCAGUCACCUGCUGGAUACGGUACAGAGCAAGCAGCAGCAGUUUCUGGAUCUGCCUGACCAGCUGGCCUUGGAACCAACCAUCCCCAUCACCUUCACUAAAGACAACCGUGUUCAUAUUGGACCCAAAAUUGAAAUGCGUGUGGUGACACUGGGCCUUGAUGGAGCUGGCAAGACAAGCAUUCUUUUCAAACUAAAACAAAAUGAGUUUGUCAACACCAUUCCAACUAUAGGAUUUAAUGUGGAAACAGUAGAAUACAAAAAUGUUAAGUUCACAAUCUGGGAUGUGGGAGGACAGCACAAGAUUCGCCCACUCUGGAAACACUAUUACUUCAAUACUCAAGCUGUGAUAUUCGUGCUGGACUGCAGCAACCGAGAACGACUAACAGAGGCUCAGAAUGAGCUGGUCAAGCUGGUACAGGAGAAAGAGUUAAAGGAGGCAUCACUCCUUAUCUUUGCAAAUAAACAGGAUGUGGAUGACCAUGCUAGCAUUGAAGAAAUAACACAGCAGAUGGGACUGCUCAAGAUGUGCUGCAAUCGCAGCUGGCAUCUGCAAGGGUGCAGUGCCAAAUCUGGAGAGGGACUGGCAGAUGGCCUGGAGUGGUUGUCCCGACAGAUGGUGGCUGCUGGGGCACCAGAACUAGUAUAGUAACAAACUUCAUACUCCUGAACCAAACAACAAAGCAAACACACAACAAGAAAACUAUUUUUAAAAAAGCAUUCUGAGAUGUGAUUCUGGGAGGACAUCUCUGAUUCUUAAAGCAUCUAAUUUUUAGUUGAAAGAAGUUCAAAAUAGUUAUGAUUUGUUGCAGAGUGUUUUGAUUGAAGUCAUUCCUGCUGACUUUCCACUAUCUGUUUUGUCCACUUUGACAUCAAGGUUUAUCAGUGAUACAGAUGCCAUCAAGUUUUGCAAGGCCUUCUCUUAUUUUAUCUUCUUGUUUUGAGCUUUCGGUAAGGUAAAGGUAGAUAGCCCCAUAACAUGUCAGUCACUGAGGAGUUAAAUGUUAGAUCCCUCAUGUCCCAAGGCAGUAUUUUUGUGAGGGUAGUGCCCAUCUCCUAUUCAUCCCUAGCAUUCCUUCCCCAGUCCUCUGUAGGAUCAAGUACCCAUUCAACGGCUAGAUCAGCUGGAGUAUUAUACUCCAAGGCAGACCUGGGCAAACGCCGGCCCGCCUCCUGUGUCUGACUGGCCCUUCCGCCAGUAUAUAUACUAUGUAUACAGUAUUGGUAAAACUUAGUUAACUAUAUUAGUCCUGCCCUCUAGAACCAUCCCAGUUUCUCAUGCGGCCCCUUAGGAAAAUUAAUUGCCCACCCCUGCUCCAAGGGUACCUAACCAGGUAAUGUGCACUUAAUGUAACGCUGCUCUGACCACUCAGCUGGCUACUUUCUCUUUUUCAUUGUAUCUGCCAUGACUCUUGUGGUCCUGAAACACAUACAUGAAUAAAUAUGGAUGAAUAAAUCCACAUGAACACAUGACAUGCAUUUACACACUCUGUGAACUGUAGUGCAAUCUUGCAUUACCUUUGGAAGUUUUAAAAACUAUAUCCUAUGGUGGCCACUGUACUGAUUGAUCCAAGAAGAUUGUUAAUGAAUACUUACAAUAGUAGAACAUAGCUGAGAUAAAGACAGCUCUUUGAUAAGAGGUGGGGUUUUUUUUAACUUGAACUAAAAUCUAGGAGUAGAAUGGUACUAUUAUUUGUGUACAUGUACUCAGAUUGUAACUUAUAACUGGCAACAGAGGCAACUGUUGUGUUUACAUGUGUGUGUGGAAAAGAGAAAGGUGGGAGUAGGAAUGAUGGUGAAUGAUAAUGCAGGUGUGCAUGCUUUAACAUAAAGGGAGAACUAUGCUGAGAGUUCUCCCUCAAAUACUCAAUUUAUUUAUAUUGCAUCAAUUUUGUAAAUAUUAACUUAAUGUGAAUGAAUUGAGCUAUAGCUAUGAUUAAGACUUUCACAUCUGUGGGUGCAAACUGUAUAGGAAGAGCAAAUAAUAACAGUAGCAUAUUAACUGUACAUACUGAUAGCAGCUGACUACAGCACAAAUGACUUAGUAAAUUAUUUGUCUCAUUUUUAUAAAGCGGGCACUAAAACUGUGUUGUCUUGUCUUGGUCAUAAUGUAAGUGGCAAAAGGUUUGCUUAGUGCAACAAAGUUUUUUCUCUUAAAAACUUUUGUGAUAAUGCAUUCUUUGAUAUUACAUUGAGCUUGAACUCCCAGUGUUGGUGGUUGCUUAUGUAUUUGGAAAUUCAGUUCCUUAUAAAAUAUUGUUUAUAAAGGGUUGUUUAAACAGGGUUUUUAAUUGAAGUUGUGAGCAUCACCAGUUGGGGUUGUCUGCAGCUUUGGAGAAUGACAUUAAAGGUUGCCUUUGUAAAUACGAGCUCCAUGGUUACCUAAGAAGAUUUUACUUUACUUUAGUAAUUGUAAUUAUAAAUCUGUGAUGUACUUUGUUGUUGGGGAUAAUAAAAUGUAUAUUUUUGUUGCAAUCUCACUUCUCCAAAAUAUUCGUUUUUCAGUUAUUUAGUAUAUUUACAGUUCUCUGGCAUCUUUCAAUAAAAAAUAAAAAUGCAAAAA